AUGGGUCUGGGGAAUUCCAAGUCGAAGAAGAGCUACAAAGUAGCCUCUGCCGACUCAAAUAGUUCCAAAAGUAAUCCUACCGAAAGUGUAAAGGUCCAGAGUUCUAUAACGCCCAGUCCUUUUACUACUGCUGACCCCAGUCCGGAAAUUCUAGAUAGCAAAUUAGUGCCCAAGUGGCUCAAUGAAACGCAAUUUAUAGAACUACUAUCUGAAUAUGUCGCUGAUUUUUCGAAAAUAACCAACUUUCGGGUGAAACCCGCCAUGGCACCUGGAGAAAACUAUGCCACUCUGAUGCUCAGGAUCAUGAUUGAUGUCGAGCUUAAUGACAAAACCACCAAGCAGGUCUCGUUCAUGAUGAAGGUUCCACACGACACUCCCCAAAUGGAACAAAUGCUGACCAUGGCCAACUUUUUUAACGUUGAGAACACAGUCUACAUCGACAUCUUGCCCAAACUGGAGGGCCUCUACAAGGCCAAGGGUCUGGACAUCACCUUUGCUCCGAAAGCCUUUAAGCUGGACUCCCAGAAGGAACCCAAGCUGGCCAAUACUGUUCUUAUGAAUGAUCUGGGCCAAGAUGGAUUUAAGAACUUGAAUCGUUUGGAGUGCCUUAACUUUAAGCAAACUAAGUUUGUCCUGAAAAAGAUAGCCCAGUUCCAUGCGGCCUCCGCAAUGUAUGUCCAAGUCCAUGGACAGUUCCCGGACGUAUUCGUUAGUGGAAUGCUGGGGGGAAAUAGGGAGGCAAUGAUGGCAUUUUACGAGGGUAUGAUUGCGUCCUUCCGAACCUCUUUCAUGGCCAAUCUGAAGAACUUUGAUAACGGAGAAGACUACCGUGAAAAACUGACUAAGGCUUUCGAGCAAAUCACGUUGAAUUUUGAUCAUCUUACGAAGGUUGAUCCUGCCGAGUUCAAUGUCCUUAACCACGGGGAUUGCUGGAUGAAUAAUCUGCUGUUCAAGGCUGACUCUAAGGGCAAAGUGGAGGACAUGGUGUUUGUCGAUUUCCAGAAUCCCAAAUAUGGUUCACCUUCCCAGGAUUUGUUCUAUUUCCUCAUAACCUCCGUUCAUAUCGAUUACAAGCUAGAUUACUUCGACUUCUUCAUGAGACACUACCAUGAAGAGUUGACCAAACAUUUGGAUCUUUUGGGCUUUACGGGUUUUAAGCCUUCGCUAAGAGAACUCCAUAUAAAGAUGUUCCAAAACGGAAGCUGGGCUCUUUUCCCAUCCAUCACCGUUCUGCCUGUGGUGCUCCUGGAUCCUGGAAACGAAGCUGCCACUUUCGACAACUUCCUGGGGGACACCGAGGCGGCCGCCAAGUUCAAGGACCUCCUGUAUUCUAACAAACGCUACAAGAAGUACAUUGAAAAGAUUUUUCCCUGGCUUGAAAAUCGGGGUUUCCUGGAGUCCUACCAGAAAUCUCCUGCUCAGGCUCCAUUAUCCCCUCAGGCAUCGGCUGAAAAUCCCGACCAGAUCAUGGACUGGUUGAAUAUAAACGACUUUUCCGAAAUUAUUUCAGCUAAUGAACCCCAAUUUGAAAAAAUAGAGAGCGGCUCUUGGAAAUCAGCCACAAAACCCGGUGAUAACUUCGCUUCUCAAUUGUUGAAGAUUGAUAUUCAAGCUAAAUUAAAGGACAGCAGCACAAAGACAUUCUCCUACAUUCUGAAAGUGAAACUCCCAGACCCUGGGGAUAAUUUCGCAGAUUUUAAUAUGUUUCCAAAGGAAAUCCAAAUGUAUAGUACAUAUGUGCCCGCUUUCGAAAAGUUGUACAAGGAUGCCGGCUUGAAUGUCACAUUCAGUGCCAAGUCCUUCUUUUUGAGCAAACCCAUCAAGGAGGAAUAUUUGAUAAUGGAGAACCUGCAAGCUAGUGGCUUCCAGAUGUGUGACCGCCUGAAGGGAUUGGAUCUGGAACACACCAAGAGUACACUGAAAAAACUGGCUCAAUGGCAUGCAGCUUCUUUGAAAUACAAAGAGUUAAAUGGUCCUUAUCCUCCAUUGUACAAUGAUGGCAUCUACAUCCCAGCCACAAGGGAUCUGUUCACCACAAUGUUCACUCAAGCCAAGGACGCUUAUGUGGAGCAUCUGGGAAAGAUUGAGGGCUCCGAAGAAUAUCUGCAUAAGCUGCCACGAUUGGUGGAGAGCCAUGUAGAUCAGGUUAUUGAAGACGGCCAAAUAAAUGAAAAGGAAUUCAAUGUACUCAACCAUGGCGAUGCCUGGAUAAACAAUUUAAUGUUCCAGUACGAUUCCGAAGGUCAACUAAAGGAAACAUUCCUGCUGGACCACCAGAACGCCAAAUAUGGCAAUCCUGCCCAGGAUCUCUACUAUUUCCUUAUGAGCUCGACGGAACUGGAUAUUAAGGUGGAUAAGUUUGAUUAUCUAAUCAAAUGGUAUCACGAUAACCUUGUGGAGCAUGCCACGCUCUUGAAAUACUCUGGUUUUUUGCCUGAACUGAAGGAGCUUCACACAAUUCUAAUAGAUCAUCCAGCCUUUGCUAUUGGCACAGUUAUAAGUACUUUAACCGUUUGCCUCAACAAGACCGAUGACAGCUUUAAUACCAACGACUUCUUCACUGAAGGUCCUAACUCAGAUGCCUUCCGAGCCUCACUCCUUGGAAAUGAGCGGUACACAGCCCAAGUAGAGCGUAUACUUCCCUGGCUUAAUAGACGGGGUCUUCUUGACUUUUGAG